AUGGUUGAGUUUGCGGAAAUAGACGAGGAAUUCAGAAAAGUGUUCUCUCACGAGGAGCUGGAGGAGUUCUGGAAGGAGUUUGUCAUGUUCGAUAAGAACGGAAACGGAAGGAUCGACGCCGAAGAGUUGGGUUUGGUGAUGGAGGAAAUGGGUAUGAGACUCAGCAAGGAACAAGUAGAGGAUAUUCUGAGGAUAGCAGAUGUUGAUGGGAACGGCGAGAUGGACUUCAAUGAGUUCCUACACGCCAUGAAGGGUUUCCACAAACCCAAGACCGACAUCAUCGAUGUGAACAAAAUAAUGGAGUGGCUACGUGUGUUUGCAGACAAAGAGGGUAACAUGAAUUUGGAGGACUUGAGGAAAAGAGCGAAUAACUACAGAUACCAUCUGACACACCUGGGCGAGUGUCCUUUAGAGGACAGGGAUGUGGAUGAGGUGUUUGACAUGCUCGAAAUAGACGCCCUCACUUGGAAGUCUGUCAGUUUAGAGUAUUUGGUGAAAGAGACCAUGAUCUUGACCGAAAAGGUGGAAGAGUUCUUCAGCAACGAGUAG